AUGGGUGACAUUGAAUUGCCCGAAGAAUAUAAACCGGAUACGAAGGAUCGUUUCUAUCGUCCACCGAAACUCAGUGAAAACAAACAUGUUUAUCAUGUGAUCGCCAGUGGAAAUUUUGCCGAUAUUAUUGCCGCUGUGAAUCGAGAUGGAAAACCUGUAGCUGCAAAGAGAUACAAGAUUGAACAGUUGAAUCAAACAAUUGAUGGUUAUACUCGCCUCAGAAGAGAAAUUCAAAUUUCUCGUUUCAAUCGACAUGAGAAUAUUGUCGAAUUUUAUGAUGUUUUUGUGGAGAAGCCCGAAAAUCCAACACACAUCUGGCUUGUCACCGAAAGAAUGGAUCACACUUUGGAGAAAUAUUUUGAACAUCUCCGCCGUAAAGACGAAAAAUCAGAGCCGGUGAAAAGAGAUCUCCGCCAUAUUGGAGCACUUCUCACUCAAUUACUUCGAGCUCUUGAUUACAUUCAUCAACGUGGAAUCAUGCACAGGGAUGUCACUCCCCGAAAUAUUGGAAUGAAUCAAAAGGAGUUCGAGAUCAAACUUCUCGAUUUUGGACUUGCCAGAGAAACAAAUCCAAAACUCGAUCACUCGACAAAUGUCGAUACUCCUUACAUCUACAAAUCUCUUGAAGUCUUCAUGAGAACCAAGUACAAUACAGGAAUUGAUGUUUGGGCUGCAGCUUUAGUUGCUCUUGAAAUGUUGGGAAUGAAAUUGUUUAUGCCAACUGGAACCGAUGACGAAAUUACAAAAAAGAUACGAAAACGUGGAGCGGAAAACGCCGUCAAGGACAGAAUCUUCACCGUUCUUGGAGUCCCAGAGGACCAAUAUCAAUCAAUCUUUGGCCGACCCAUUCAAGAGAGACCACACGCCGGCGAGUUUGACAAGAUUUGGGAGGAGAAAAUCGAGCCACGUUUGGAUAGAGAUAUCGGGCCAUUAAGAAGAGAGGACUUUAAAGAUUUAAUUAAAAAAAUGCUUGACCCAAAUCUACAACAACGUUUGCGGGCCGACGAAUGUCUCCUUCAUCCGUUUUUGCGUAUUUUGAACGAAAAAUACGAUCAACGAGCCAGUUCACUCGAUUUCGAGGAAGUGAUGGGUGACAUUGAAUUGCCCGAAGAAUAUAAACCGGAUACGAAGGAUCGUUUCUAUCGUCCACCGAAACUCAGUGAAAACAAACAUGUUUAUCAUGUGAUCGCCAGUGGAAAUUUUGCCGAUAUUAUUGCCGCUGUGAAUCGAGAUGGAAAAUCUGUAGCUGCAAAGAGAUACAAGAUUGAACAGUUGAAUCAAACAAUUGAUGGUUAUACUCGCCUCAGAAGAGAAAUUCAAAUUUCUCGUUUCAAUCGACAUGAGAAUAUUGUCGAAUUUUAUGAUGUUUUUGUGGAGAAGCCCGAAAAUCCAACACACAUCUGGCUUGUCACCGAAAGAAUGGAUCACACUUUGGAGAAAUAUUUUGAACAUCUCCGCCGUAACGACGAAAAAUCAGAGCCGGUGAAAAGAGAUCUCCGCCAUAUUGGAGCACUUCUCACUCAAUUACUUCGAGCUCUUGAUUACAUUCAUCAACGUGGAAUCAUGCACAGGGAUGUCACUCCCCAAAAUAUUGGAAUGAACCAAAAGGAGUUCGAGAUCAAACUUCUCAAUUUUGGACUUGCCAGGGAAACAAGCCGUCAACUCUAUGAGACAGGAACCGAUAUUCGAGCCGUAGCUCUUGUGAUACUUGAGUUGUUGACCACGGGAUCUGAUCAGAUUCAAAGCAAUGCUGUGCAAUUAAUCAACGAGAAUGAAUUUGAAGUAACCUGGAGAACAAAAAUCGAAUCUCGUUUGGGUCCGGAUAUACUAAAAAGAGAUGAUUGCAAAGAUCUGCUCAAAAAGAUGCUGCACCCUAAUUCAGAGCGACGACCGAGUGCGGCUGAAUACCUCAAUCACGGCUUUUUAACGGCCUUAAAUCCAAAGAAGAAUGAGGAUCAAAAAAGCGAAAAUCAAGUCGAUCGUGACUUUUUUCUCCAUCAAUCACUUUUUAUCAAUCAAUUACUUUUUGACUAUCAACCGGAUUCAAGAACUCGAAGCCCUCAAGAUUCUUUUUUUGCCUCACUCACGAUUCCUGAUUUUCUGCCU